GCCCCGCCCACCGAGGGGGUGGAAAUACUCUUCCGUGACCCACAAUUAUUGGUGACUAUUGCCUGUCCAUAACAGGAAAAGCGGUUACGGAUUGGCUGAGGCGAAGUAGUAGGGCGGAAAAGUGGGUAUAGCUGCCUGCACGCACGCUUGGUGCGUGCGCGGCGACGGCGGCGGCAGGCAGUGGCAGUCAUGGCGGCUCAGUGCGUGAGGCUGGCGCGGCGCAGUCUUCCGGCUUUGGCGUUGUCUCUCAGGCCAUCUCCCCGGUUGUUGUGCACAGCCACGAAACAAAAGAACAGUGGCCAGAACCUGGAAGAGGACGUGGGUCAGAGUGAACAGAAAGCAGAUCCUCCUGCUACAGAGAAGACCCUCCUGGAAGAGAAGGUUAAGUUGGAGGAGCAGCUGAAGGAGACUGUGGAAAAAUAUAAACGAGCUUUGGCAGACACUGAGAACUUGCGGCAGAGGAGCCAGAAAUUGGUGGAGGAGGCAAAAUUAUAUGGAGGCAUGUGGCCUAAAACAAAACACAAAACCAAGUCACAACUAUCUCCAGCACCUGCUGCCACUCUGUGGGACCCAGGCUGGUCACUGCCCAUCUCUGAGCUCCAGGUGUGUCACUGCCAAAAGAGGGGACAUGUGCAGCCCCACGCACCUCACAUGGGUGAGAAAAGGCUUCGGGGCCAGAGUGGGCCCCACGUGGCGAGCGCGAGUCCCCUCUCAUGGAGCAGCUGGGGCAGAGGCCACUGGGAGCUCGUGCUCUUCCCCCACAACCUUGGGGCCAGGGAGCCCCAGGAUCCGCAGUGGCCUCUGAAACAGGCAGGCAGCAGGGGCAGAGCCAACCUUGGCCUGUGCAGCUUCUCCAGCCCUCGGCACCAGCUCCUGUCCGAGGCUGCGGAGGGGCUGCUGCGUACACAGCCAAGUCAAGACGCCAGUUUCCAGGAGGCUCCGAUGGCUGCUGCACCAGGUUCCCAGGCACAUGAGGCUGGGUGUCCCCUUGCCCCAGAGGCUCUGUGGUGCCGGGCUGCUUACCCAAGGUCACAAGCAAAGUCACUCCAGCACCUCCAGUCUCAGCUCAGCCUCAGACACUGGCCCGACGACUAGGGCCACCUGCAGCUGGCGGCAGGACAGAGCGGCCGGGCAAAGAAGAACUGAGAGCAGGAUCUUGAAGAGAUCCCUGAACACCAUGUUCAUAGCAGCCUUAUUCACAUUCGCCAAGAGGUGGAGGCAACCGAAUGUCCAUCACAGAUACGUAGAUAAACACAAUAUGCCACAGAGUUGACAAUGGAUUGUUCAGCCAUGAGAGCAAGGCCGUGCCAAUACAUGCCACAACACAGAUGAUCCUUGAGGACAUGAUGCAAAGUGAAAUAUGCCAGUCGGAAAAGGACAAAUCCUGCAGGAUCCACUUAUGUGAGGUCCCUAGUGCCACAGGCGGGAAGUAGAAUGGGGGUGCCAGGGGCUGGGGAAGGGGGAGGGGGAGUGAGUGUUGAAUGGGGACAGAGUUUGAGUCUGGCAAGAUGAGAAAGUUCUGGAGGUGGCUGGUGGUGAUGGCUGCACAACACUGUGAGUGGACUUAAUGCUUCCAGACCUGAACACUUAAAAAGGGUUAAAAUGGUAAAUUUUAUGUUACACAUAUUGUACCACAAUAAAAAUCAAUAUAUUUUUAAAUAA